AGAAUGUAAACAUGUAGAUAUAUAAAUCAAUUAUGGCAGAGAGAGAGUUACCACAGCACGAUACAGAUACAGGGGUAGAUGUACAUUGUAGACAAUCAGGCUCCAGCACCAACUCAUCCGAAUCAGAACAUUUACAAUCAGAAAACUCAGAGACAUUGACUGAGAAUGAGUCAUUUGUUUCCAAAGAAGAGGAAAAUUUUCUUCGAUAUUUUCUGGGAAUUGGUAUCGCAGAAAAGGCAGUGAGAAUGUGGUUUGAUACUAUUAUUCCACCAGAUGAGUUAGAUAAUCAUCUAAAAAAGAAUAAAAAUAAAAAGGAACUGUGGAAGAAUUCCAACGAAGAACAGAAAUCGACUUUAUUUCCACGAUAUGGAACAGUAACAUCAACAGAUUUUGACGUGUCAUUGCUGUACAAAGUAAUAAGAAAAACGACAAAAGUUAGAAAACCGACAAAAGAUUGGGGAGAAACUCCAGAUCCCAUGGAUAAAAAAGCAUCUGACGAUUUGGAACGAGUUCGAAUCUAUCAAAACUCAUUUUACCAUGGCCUUCAGUCAAUUAGCGACAUUGAAUUUGAGAAGAAAUGGAAAGAAUUAAAGGAGAUCAUACAGAGACUUGCUGGAGGUCUAUUAGAUGGAGAGAUGGAUUCCAUACAACAUAAAGAUUUAGAUCACUCAGCACGGUCCUCUGUUAAAAGAAGCCUGGCAGAUUUGACAAAAAGACUUCAAAAUGUGGAAAAACGCGUCGAAGAUCAUAUUCCAAAACACAUUAGAGAACAACAACAUGACGAAAUACGAAAGUGGAGAGAAGAUGACAAGCUUUUUACGAGAGUUCCUGCUUAUCAGUCAGUUCAUGAUAAACUCAAGUCCUUGCCUUUUGUGACAGUGACUGGUAGUGUUGGUAGUGGAAAAACGUUACUUAUUCGUCACAUCGCUCUGGAGCUUGCACAAGAGGGAUAUGAGAUCAUUCCAGUCUCAGCAAUUGAAGAGAUCCCCCUUUAUGGAAAAUUACAAUCCAAGCAAUUAUUCGUUAUAGAUGACGUGCUAGGCGUUGACGGUCUAGAAAUGGAUUUAUAUAACAAUCUAAGCAGACAGUCUGAAAAUGUGUUAAGCUUAUUAGAGUCGGGAUCUAAACUAAUCAUGAGUUGCAGAUCUGUUGUGUUUAAGAAGUCCAAACUUUUGAAUAGUUUUGUUACAUAUGACAAUCAUGUCAUCGAUUUAAAGAAUGACGAAAAUGAACUCAAUGAUGAAAGAAUAUGA